AUGAGUGACAGGAAGUUCAAGACCAAAAUGAAAGUACUUUCACUGCUGCUACUGAAUUUGACCGGGGCUUUAUCGGCUAGGCGGCCGCACUGCCACGCCUGCCUCAACGGAAUCUGCCACAGCCGCUCCAACGUAUUUAGCGCCCACAAAAUCUCCGGGCAGCUUGCGGUUGACCUCACGGCGAACAUCCUCUACUUUCACUACCGAACUAACCGCUCUGUCGACCACACUGGUGCGUUUGAUUUGAACGACGUCAAAUUCAAGGUAGUCCCGAAAACUGGCUUUACCUUCGGACGGGCUGUUGACCAGACCACACGAGACGUCUACAUGUCCGGAACAGUUGGAAUCUACCAAUAUAGCCCGUCAACAAACACCGCCAAAAGCGUCGGUUUCUUCGACAAGACAGUGUGGCAUUUGCAAUACAAGAACAAACUCUAUUACUCCGUGUUCCGAUCCAAAGGGAUCUACGUGUACGAGAAAAAGAAAUCGUACAAUAUUCCAGCGCUGUCGAGCUUUCGUGUAGACGAUUUUAUUGUCGACAAGAGGAACGAUAUUUACUUCAUGAGCGAUUCGAUGAUAUACAGAUUAAAAAAUGGCACGAAGCGCGCGGAGUUCUUCAUAGAUGAAAUAUUCUCGCUGGCCACAGAUAAAAAAGGCGAGGUGCAUUUUAUCCAGCCGGCGAGCAGGGGUGUGUAUAAAUUGGAUUACAGUAAGGACAGUCUGAUCGAGUUGGGAGCAUUCGGUAGGGGCACACCAUUUAGGGUUGUUUUCGAUGCGGACAACAAUAUUAUAUACCACGACGUGGACGAUGAAAGGAUAUACUAUUUGACACCUAACUACAGCCUAUGCACGGUUUCGACGAAAGGACGAGGUAGACACACAAAGAAAUAUGUUGCAGUGACGGUUGAA